AUGACAGAUGCCUGCAGUGGAGGAGAACGUGCUGCAGCUCCCACUUCCAGCCUGGAUGCCUCCGACCCGGAGCUGCACUAUGAGCAGGAGGAGGAGGAGGAGGACACAUCGUCAGGAUCCUCGGAGCCCUCGGACACCAGCAGCAUCUUCUCUGACGACUCUGUCUACCCUUGCUAUGAGGCGUCCCCAGAGGCUGACGGUGCCGGCUUCCUCAGUCUCUACCAGUGCUGUGCCAGGAAUGAUGCCAAGCUGGUGUGGGACAGGCUGGAGCGUGGGGUGACCCGGAGUGAGGCCACAGAGCUGGACAUCAACGGGAGGAACGGGCUGAUGGUCGCCUGCUCCAAGGGCUUUGUGGACAUUGUGCCGCUGCUGCAGAGGUGUCCCUACAUCAACGUCAACCAGCAGGACAACGACGGGAACACGGCCCUGAUGAUGGCUGCCCAGGCAGGACACAUCACCAUUGUCAACUACCUCCUCAACUACUACCCGGGUCUCGAGGUGGACCAGCGAGACCCCCGGGGCCUGACGGCGCUGAUGAAGGCGGCGGUGCAGGGGCGGCAGGACUGCGUCACCGCCCUGCUCCUGGCGGGAGCUGACCUGCAGGCCGUGGAUGCCGUGAAGGGGAAGACAGCCAGGGAAUGGGCGAAUUUCACCGGCCGCUUCGAGACCACCGUGCGCAUCCGGAGCCUCCUGCGGCGCCCGCGCGCGGAGCAAUUCGGAGCCCAGUACCGGCCCGAGUGGCCGGCCCUGGCCGAGCUGGUGGCCAAGGCCCUGAGCCCCAAAUCCAGGAGCAAGAGGCUGUCGGAGAAGAUCCGAUCCAUUUUCACCUUCAACAUCCCCCGCAAUCCCGAGGAGGACGGUGUGAUGGACCACAUGGUGAGGAUGACCACGUCCCUCGCCAGCCCUUUCGUGGCUACCGCUUGCCAAACCGUCUGCCCCGACAGCCCGCCCGAGGUGGGCAAGCGCAGGCUGUCGGUGCCGGAGAUCCUCGGGCAGCACGUGCCGGAUCCGGACGGCGAGUCCCAAACGUCCUCGCGCCCCGGCACCGGGGGAUCGUCCUGCAACGGCCAAGCCACGUCCGAGGGGCGGCUGGUUGCGCCGCCGCGGCCGCCCAGCCGCCUCCUGAGCUUCCUGCCGCUGUGGCUGCGGCGUGGGAACAGCAUCUUCCCCGGGGAGCCCGUCCCAAAAAUCAAAGUGAGCAAAGCCUCUGGCUCGUCCGCCGGGGAGCGGAAGCCACGCGUGAAGGACAAGCACCUGCUGCAGCCGCCUCAGUGGAGGUACAAGAUGCUGAAGGAGGAGAAGAAAGCGGCCGAGGAGGCCAAGACGGGGGAGAAGAAGAAGAAAAAGAAA